AUGUCUUCCCAGAAUAUCAUAAAUCCAUCAACAUCAAAACCAACAGGCUUGAAAGCAGGUUAUAAUCCUUCAUUAGGUCCAAUUCAAUUACCAUCUUCAUACCAAAGUCAAAUAGCAUCAAAAUCAAGAAAUAUUUAUGAUCAUAGUGUAUUUAGAAGAACACCAGAGGUCAACUUAUCAUCUUUAUCCUUCCUUUUUAGUGCUAUGAUCGAACAAACGCAACAAACUUCAAAAGGUGUACAACAGUUAGAAGCCAAAUUAAAUUCUUAUGGUUACGGUGUUGGUAAUAAAUUUCUAGAAUUGAUCACUUUAAGAGAAGGUAAAUCUGCUAAAAGAGAAACAAGAAUAGUAGAGGUAUUACAAUUUAUACAUUCACAAGUAUGGAAAACAUUAUUUGGGAGACCUGCUGAUGGUUUGGAAAAAUCACAAGAUUCAGAAGAUGAAUAUAUGAUUAUUGAUAACUUACCACUAAUGUCACAAUUUAUAUCAGUACCUAAAGACUUUAAUCAAUUGAAUGUUAAUGCAUUUACAGCUGGUAUAAUAGAAGGUAUAUUAGAUUCUGCAUAUUUCCAAGCAAAUGUUAGCGCACAUACAAUGGCAGCUGAUGGAUAUCCAUUGAGGACUGUAUUUUUGAUCAAAUUUGACCAUGGGGUAUUGGAAAGGGAAGCUAUUAGAUUCUCAAGAUAG